AAUCGCCGAGUUUCCGCUGUUUUUUCUUUCCGAUGAACACACAAACAAAUCCAUAAAACUCGACUUAUUUCACCUCAUCAUGGCGCUCCUGACUCCGUUCAGUAAAGUCCCGGAGCUGAACACCGCGACGGUGCUCUUGGUGGAAAACGAGGAGGAGCUGCAGUCCAAACUAGCCAACGCCUUGGUGCAAUAUAAGAAAGAUUUCAACGUCAAUGUGCGUCUGGCCCGAAAGCUCCCUCUGCCCGUCGAGAACAAGGACACUCGUCCUCGCAUUGAUUUAAUCGUGUUUGUGGUGAAUCUGCUGUCAGAGCGCAGUCUGCAGUCAGUGGAAAGCUCUCUCGCUCAUCUGCACUCUGACUGCUUCCUGGGGAAAGUGUGUUUCUUGGUGACUGAUGCUCGCUGUGGCUCUCACACUCAGGAGCGUUUGGUCAGCAUAAGAAAACUGGCUGCUUCACAUCAGUGUCCCGUCCUCUGCGCCGAGCACAGGACGGUAGAUGGCGUGAACGCAGCAGCUGUGCGGCUCCUCAACAUCUUGAAGGUGUCGGCGGGAAUGUCACCCAUAGCAACCACUGCCCUCUAUCUGUCCUCUCUGACCCGCUGCUCGGUGACCUCUGACCUCGAAGAGGACUGACCUCCAAUAUGAUCAAUGAAUAACCACAUUAAGACUCGAUUCAUUACUUUGAAUUUCCACACAGGAAGCACAAGCUGCAGAUAAUCACUCUGGGCUGCAGAUUAGUUCAGGUGGGUGCCACUGUCUGUGAAACUGACCUUUAUCAAAUACUGUGUGUUCACAUCCAGCUCUUGUAAUGGAUUAUCACAUCAGAACCAGCAGGGAGAGCCAUUGUGUAGCGAAGGAAUCGCUCCUAACAUGUUCCCCAAGUAAUCAUCCUGUUACCAUAUUUAUAAAUAAAAGAAGCGCAUUUUUAA